UGUGCCAGGAAAGUACAAAAUUUAAGAAUGUUUGGACUACUCAUUCCAAGUCACCUAUAGCCUAUGAAAGAGGAAGAAUAUAUUUUGAUAAUUAUCGGUGCUGUGUCAGCAGUAGAAUCACAUGGCUUCUUAGUAGAUUACCAGUUUAUUAUCAAAGGAACAGCCAGAUGGAAGCAAUGCCUAGGACAAGUGUUGCAUCAGAGCCAAGAAAACUUUAUGAAAUGCCAAAAUGCUCCAAAUCAGAAAAAAUAGAGGAUGCUUUAUUAUGGGAAUGCCCAGUGGGGGAAAUGCUGCCCAAUCCAUCAGAUUAUAGAUCCUCACUCAUAGCACUGACAGCCCAUAACUGGCUACUCCGUAUAUCAGCAAGUACGGGAAGAGUCCUUGAGAAAAUAUAUCUUGCUUCGUAUUGCAAAUUCAGAUACUUGAGCUGGGACACUCCUCAAGAAGUCAUUGCUGUCAAGUCAGCUCAGAACAAAGGCUCAGCGCUGGCCCGGCAGGCAGGCCUUCCACAGCCUGUUUUGCUGUACCUUGCAGUGUUCCAUGUUCUACCUUUUUCACUCAUAGGGAUUCUGGAGAUCAACAAAAAGAUUUUCGGGAACGUUACAGAUGCUACCUUAUCUCAUGGAAUACUGAUUGUGAUGUACGGCUCAGGACUGGUCAGACUCUAUAGCUUCCAAGCCAUCACUGAACAGUUCAUGCAACAGAAACUUGACUUAGGGUGUGCAUGCAGAUGGGGUGGGACUGCUGGAACUGUGGGAGAGGCUCCUUUUGGCAUUCCUUGUAAUAUUAAACUCACAGACACGCCACCACCGCUCUUUGAGGUGUCCUCCCUGGAGAAUGCCUUUCAGAUUGGAGGCCACCCUUGGCACUACAUCAUCACACCUAAUAAGAAGAAACAGAAGGGAGUUUUCCAUAUUUGUGCCCUUAAAGACAACUCCUUGGCUAAAAAUGGGAUCCAAGAAAUGGAAUGUUGUUCUCUAGAAUCUGACUGGAUCUAUUUUCAUCCUGAUGCUUCUGGAAGAAUAAUACAUGUUGGCCCAAAUCAGGUCAAAGUUUUAAAGCUAAAUGAAAUAGAAAAUACUAGUGGCCAGCAUCAGAUCUCUGAAGAUUUUGUCAUACUGGCCAACAGAGAGAACAAGAAUGAAAACUUACCCACUGUUACUGCAUCUGGACGGGUGGUUAAAAAAAAAUUUAAUCUUCUGGAUGAUGACCCAGAACAAGAGACUUUCAAAAUUGUGGACUAUGAAGAUGAAUUGGAUUUGCUUUCUGUGGUAGCUGUUACUCAAAUAGAUGCCGAAGGAAAAGCUCACCUUGAUUUCCACUGCAAUGAAUAUGGAACUUUACUUAAAAGCAUUCCACUGGUGGAGUCAUGGGAUGUGACAUACAGCCACGAAGUCUACUUUGACAGAGACUUGGUCCUACACAUAGAGCAGAAACCCAGCAGGGUCUUUAGCUGCUAUGUUUACCAGAUGGUGUGUGACCCUGGGGAAGAAGAAGAAGCCACAAACAGAAAUUGAGAAAAAGAGUGAGAAAAUUUUUAAUUUUGAGAUGUAACUUAUGAGACUUUUAGCCAAACACCCCAACAACUGUGUCCAGUCCUCCUUUUUUAUUAUUCGAAUAGCAAGUUCUCCAUUAGAUCUUGUGUUAACUCCAGAUGACUGUGACUUCUCUUUUAAACUCUUACCAUAUAAGGUGGUGAGAACUUCAUUUUAUGUAAGGGAUUUUUAGAAUAUUCUCCCAAGAAGUCUAGCAUUUUAGAGAUGUUAGCCAGGUGGUGUUGAAAACAUAAAAUGUUUAGAACAGCUUAAUUUUAAUCAUUGGGGAGAAGGUCAUUGGUGAGGAGGUGUUUAACGUGGCUCUUAAAGGAUAGUAUGGAAUUUUGAUUGGUAAUACUAGGAGGGAAAGAUAAAAAGAUACAAAAGAUAAAGAAAGAAAUCCUGUGUCCUCUGUACCAUAUUUUGCUUAAGGAUGAGAAAUGAGAUCUGUAAUGUGAAAGCAUACUUUUGAACCAAAGAUGUGUCAUCACAGUUAAAAAGAAAACCUUAUAUAUGUAUCUCUGUUUUGUAUUUGUACUAAUUAUUUUCUCUUCCAUGGUUUUAUUCUCGUGGCUUGAUGUUCUCAUUGAUUAUUUGUUUUUCUAUCAUAGACUAAUGUAAAUGAUUCUGAGCAAACUUUAAGUGAAUUUUUUUCUAAUAUGUAGCCUGUUAGCUCUUAAUUGUUAAGAAUGUUGUACUCAUUUCACCAUUCGAUCUAGUUGGUGGGUCCUCCAGUUUUGCUUGGGCAAUACAGUAAGGUAAAGUUAUUCUGGGUUGUACCAGUUUUGCUCUCUGUAGAAGGGUAGGUGGUUCCGGGAGUAACUUGGGAACUAACUGCUUAGGUAGAAAAGACUUUUGGUUUUAUCUUACUUGUGAAAUGAGUAUUUUUUCUUAUUUGUUAAAAUUGAUCUAAAUAUGAUCCUUGAAAUCAGAUAGUCAUUCUUUAGAAUGUUAAAUAAAUGCAACCUAAGUAAAAGGA